AUGAAGAGGAAGGGAUGUGACGUAAAUGUGUUGAGCUUGGUAAUAAGUAACAACAACCUCUGCUACUGCUUGCUGAGGAAUAAAAUUAUUAAAAAAAUUGGACUCAUUAACAUUAAGAAGGACUUCCAGCCUUAUGAGCAGGGCCCCUCCAGCACUCGAAAGGGAAAGAACAAACUCGACAAGGAGGAGUUAGCAUACAGCUAUGAUCGAGAGGACACCCCUCUGAGCUUUAACAUACGGGAAAUUCUAACCGUUUUGAAUUUGGUAAAGCUGCAUUCCGAUGGGGAUGGACAGCAAGGAAACAACUCCAUCGAUAACCACAACGAUAGUUCUGCUCAGUGCAGCCAGCCGGGUGACCCGCCAAUGGGCGCAUACACAGGAAGGGUCAAAGGGGAAGAAGAACAGCAUUAUGAAAAGACCCCGCCGCAGCAACAUCAGCGGCCGAAACAGCCACCGCAGGAAUGGAUCAUCGGGAUCGAAAAGGUAAAUGACAAAUACGAGAAGAACCGAACGAAGGAAAAAAUCCUCUCCGUCCUGGUGUAUUUUCUAAACUCAAUUUUCAAGUGCCAAAUUAUUUUUUUCUGUCCUAAAGAGGCGAGAAAGUACUUCAGCACCAAAUGUAGCUGUACCUUGGAGACGCGCGAAGAAACGUAUAAGUACAUAAAGGACAAGGUGAAAAACUUCCCAAGUGUAAGUAAAGGUGAUAACACGGUCAACUGCCUAUUCAGUGACAGCUACGUCAUGGCGUUUUAUACGUACAGGUAUUACAUGCACCACCUGGUGAAGAAUAACCGAACCGUUUUUAACUACCUCGAAAGUGAAGUUCGCCGGAAUAGGAGCUUUAACAACAUUCUACAGAGCUUGAAGCGCGUGGAAAAUGAGGAAUGCUCCCACGACUUGAGGGAGCUGCUCAGGGAUAGAAUUGGCCGCAUCGUGGAUCGAGAAUCCUACAGGUUGGUUGACAGGCACAUGCUUUGA